ACGUUUAUUUGGUGAUAUAGAUUAAAUAUCACCACAUUUGUCUUUUUUUAGCAGAUCAAUGGUUGUCAAAGAACGCAGUGUGGAAAUAUUUGGUGGUCGUUAUUCGUUAUGAGCCGCUACGCCUUUCAUAUAUCCCUCCGCUGUUUUUUGUCCCCUUUCAGACCGUUUUGGUCUUUUCACUGUUAGCAACGGAAAGAACCUGAGAUAGCUGUAAACCUAGUUUUGAGAUAAACGAUUUUUUUGGUUAGGAUUACACAACGUAUUGACCAGAGGUGUAGCACCCCUGUUUAUUUUGGAAGAGUAAUUGGCGCUCGUUGUCUUUUUAAAAUACUAUUUGUUUCGGUUUUAAUAGGAAUUGUAGAGAUUGCUAAUUUAGAUAGCAACUGUUAGCAAGCUAGCUUUCCUAGCAUAGCAUCACCCUCCAAAGGCACGUUAACCUGGUAGCUAGACAGACCUACCGUUGACGUUACGCUGGUAGCUAGACAGCGUUACAUCGUCUAUAAAUUGCGCUGGGAAGCCGGUCGUUUUAAGACGCUGUGUUUUAUGGGAUCGCCAUGUCAAUGAAGGCCGGUGGAAAUCGCAGCAAGCCCGGCGGUGGCAACACCGCUGGUGCCGCCGCCACCGCCUCCGGUGCCGGAGGAAGCGGUGGGGGACGACAGAAUCUGGGCAGGGGAAGACACAGUGGUAAAGGCCCUGCAGCAGUCAUUUUCAAUGGUGUAUACGCAAAUAUGAGGAUGGUCCAUGUCUUGACUUCAGUGGUGGGGACCAAGUGUGAGCUGAAAGUGAAAAAUGGAGCGGUCUAUGAAGGAGUAUUUAAGACAUACGGUCCAGAGUGUGACCUGGUGUUGGAUGCAGCCCACAGAAAGAGCCCAGAGCCGAGCAUAGCUCCCAGGAAAGAGGAUAUUGUGGAGAGCAUCAUAUUCAAGGCCUCAGAUGUUGUAGUGGUGACCUUCAAAGAUGUGGACCUGAAUUUCGCCAGGAAAGUCUCCUCUGACACAGACAACUUCACAGAUGCAGCAGUGAGCGGUAAGAUCAAUGGUGAGCACAAAGAGAAGGAUCUCGAGCCCUGGGACGGAGGAGAGACCCACAACUCUGACAGCCUCGAGUCUCUGGAUACGGACGUGUCAAAUGGCUGGGACCCCAAUGACAUGUUCAAGUACAACGAGGAGAAGUAUGGAGUCUUGUCUACAUAUGACAGCAGCCUGUCCACAUAUACGGUGCCCCUGGAGCGAGACAACUCGGAGGAGUUCCUCAAGAGAGAAGCACGUGCUGCCCAGCUGGCAGAGGAGAUUGAGGCCAGUGCCACAUAUAAGGCUCGUGUGGCCCUGGAGAACGAUGAACGCUCCGAGGAGGAGAAAUAUACUGCUGUCGUGCGUGGCGAGAGGGAGACUCAUACACUUAGCAGAGAGAACAAGUACAUUCCUCCAGGUCAGAGGAACAGGGAGGCGAUGUCCUGGGGUCCGGGACGUCAGAAUUCACCUCGUCUGGCUCAGGGCUCGGCUGGACCCCAAACUCCUCGACCAGGACCUCACGACUACAGUCCCAGCUCCGGUGCCGACCAGAGGGUGGUUAACGGAGGUUCAUCCCAUUGGCCCUCACCCUGUCCGUCUCCUUCCUCCCGCCCCCCUUCUCGUUACCAGUCUGGCCCCUCCUCCCUGCCUCCUCGGGCGACCACGCCCACCCGGCCACCCUCCAGACCCCCCUCUCGACCUUCCAGGCCUCCCUCUCAUUCAUCCCACCCCUCCUAUCCCUCCUCCUCAUCCUCCUUUUCCCACCAUGGGCCCACGUCGCCAGCCUCCACUCUGCCCAAACGCAUGUCUUCAGAAGGCCCACCCAGGAUGUCUCCAAAGUCCCAGCGGACGCCUCGUGCUCACAGAGUGCCACCCUGCCGGACCACUGGAGGCCCAUCAGGAGUAGAUUUGAUUUCCCACAAUGCCCCUGGAGAGGUUCCAGUGACUCCACCAACCAGGAGCAGUUCCUCUGGAGGAACAUGGUCCUCUGUGGUUAGUGGAGCGCACAGACCUCGCUCCCCCCGACAAAAUAGCAUGGGCGGAGCCUCUUCCCUCCCAGCACCCCAGACUGGAACAGCUCCUGUGGAAACGGUUGCUGCAGCAACAUCAGCUUCCUCUCCUACUGCUGCUAGCCCCGCCUCCAACAUGGUUGCCGCUUCAGGAGAUGCUAAAGAGUGUCGUGUCCAUGAGACAAGACAGACAUCCCCCACUGCAAACAAGGAAAACAUCAAGCCCUUGGACAGCUCACCCAGUAUUACCAGAACAGUCUGUAAAGGACCCCCCUCUAUGGCACCAGAUCACAGAAAACAAAUAGAUAAUUUAAAGAAAUUUAGUGUUGAUUUUAGGUUGCAGUCUAGUUCAAACCCAGACCCUGCUUUUGACCAGAUGACCAAGCCUCCUAGAGAUCCAACAGACAAGCCGAAAGAACUUCCCCUGGACAAAGCGUCCAAGGUGGGGCGGGAGGGCACUGAGGACGGUGGUGUAGGGAUCGCUGCUGGCGCCCCCGUUGGGGCCUCUGCUCCAUCCGCCGCGAACGCCAGUAAGCCCGGCAGCCCUGCUGCACUGUCCCUGUCAGCCCCUGACCAAAAGAGGGCGGGACUCGAUGUGACAUCACAGGGAGUUCAGACAACAGCGACGUCCUCAUUCAGUGGACCCAAGCAUGAAGAGAAGGAGGAGAAAAAGGAGGCAGUACAAGAUCAAGUGAGGAAAUCAACCUUGAACCCAAAUGCCAACGAGUUCAAACCCAGGUUCAAUACGCAGCCCAAACCAGCGAACACCCCGACGCCUCCCCGGCCUCAGGGCCAGCCCAGCCCCUCCAUCGUGGUCCAGCAGCCUCAAACCGUCUACGGCCAGACGGUCUGCUUCCCCCAGAUGUAUCCCCUCACACCAGUCAGCCCUGGAGUGCAGAAAAGCAUAAUAUGGAAGUCUCCAGCUAUGUACCAGGUUCAGAUGCCUCAUAUGACAGUCAGCCAGUCUAAACCCUACAGACCAGGUAAAGUUCCCAACAUGCCCCAGCAGAGGUCAGACCAGCACCACCCGCCAGGCACGCCCACCAUGAUGCACCCAGCGUCGGCGGCCGGACCCCCUAUUGUAGCACAGAGCCCUGCUUACUCUGCCCAAUACUUCACCUGCAGCCCGCAGCAGUUCACCAGUCAGCCACUGGUCCAGCAGAUGACCCAUUACCAGUCCCAGGCGCAGCAUGUGUUCAGUCCGGUAAUGCAGGGCAGUGCCAGGAUGAUGGCUCCUCCCACACACGGCCAACCCACGCUCGUCUCUUCCUCAACUACACAGUACCCGGAGCAGACACACACCAUGUAUGUGUCUCAAGGGCCAAUGCCUCAGCAGUACCCCCACCCCAACGCCACCUUGCACCCUCACCCACAGCACCCCCAGCCCUCUGCCACACCUACAGGCCAAGGCCAGCAGGUUGGACAACAACAACAUGGAGGUCCUCCUAACCACCCAGCUGCCAGUCCAGUCCAGCACCAACAGCACCAGCAGGCAGCAGCAGCCGCAGCCCAGGCCCUCCACCUGGCCAACCAGCCCCAACAGCAGCAGAUGUAUUCUGCCUUGGCCCCCACUCCUCCCUCCAUGACCCCGGGGCCCAAUCCCCAGUCUCCCCAGGCAUCGUUCCCCUCUGCCCAGCAGACUGUCUAUAUCCACCCGCAGCAGGUGCAGCACGGCUACAACCACAAUCACAUGGCGCACGUGCAGCAGGCCCAUAUGCAGUCUGGUAUGGUGCAGUCUCACCACCCGGGGCAGACCCACCCCACUAUGAUGUUGAUGGCGACCCAGGGUCCUCCAGGUGGUCCGCAGCCCCCCAUGCCCCAGAAUGCUCUCAACCCCAUACCCGUUUCCUCCACCACACAUUUCUCCUACCUGGCACAUCCACAAGUGCAAGCCCACCACCAGCAGCAGCUGUAGAUGGAGGGCUCCAGUGAGCUGAGGGACCCGCUCUGCGUCACGCAUUCUCAACUAGAGCCUUCAUGACCAGGACGAAGAGAAUUAGAGCCCUCCCUCUCCUCCUUCCUCAUCCUCACCAGACAUGCUUCACAUCAGCUUUUCUCUUUCUUCCCGCCCCCUCCUCUUCCCGCCCAGACUAGGCAAUAAGAGAAUGUUCAUCAGGUUGAUGCAGUGACAUGUUUUAACAAGCUAGAGUUUUAACAGGCAAGACUGCUCAUAUUCAGACCCCCCCCCCAUCCCAUGCAGACAUCUGCCAACACACACACACACACACACACACACACACAGAUGAAUGCAACACAAACCACCCACACGCUUUCAGGGGUCCCAAAUUGCAACUCGAGUCAGCUUGCCAAGUAAGAAGGGAAGGAGAGAAACUAAUCAGUGAGUGAAGAGGAGAAUUCAACUGGAACUCGUAUUUUGUCUACACCUUGUUCUAAAAAAGAAAAAUCUUCCAACAUUUAGACAGUAUUAAUCUUACUGUUUAUUGCUGCUGCUAUGUGCUGUGUUUGUUUCCAGACUACAUGACCGGUUUCUAACCAAACUAAAAAAAAAAAGAAGAAACAUGACAAGAAGCUUCCUGUGAAAUAAACAUGUUUUAGCAGCCGAGAGGACAGGAGAAACGUUAUUUAUGAAAUUCUAAUGGCUGAGGUGAUCAGAUCCCACUUCUCACCUGACCCGUAUGUAACUUUUAAGUUAAAACUUUUACUUUGUAGAUAAUAUAAAUAAUUUAAAAAAUGAGCAAAAAAAAUUUAAAAACAAUAAAAAAGUUUUAAAAACUGAA